GUGAAAAGCGAUUUGAGCACAGACUUGCUUUCAAAUGCCUGCUCUGGAGCUCAGUGUCUUGCUGCUGAUGGUGGUUGCCCCUUUCCAGCCAGUUCAAGGUGACGAUCUCCAGCUGCCUCGUAACGUUACCUUUGUGUCAAAGGAUUACAGUCUGUUCAUGAAGUGGUUGCCAUCCAACGGUCCCCACCCAGGAGUGUCCUAUACUGUCCUUUGGGCGUGAGCAUUGAAGGAGGGGGAAAUUGGCUUUGGGGGCUGGGGCUCCAUUGGGAACACUGAGUCCAAGUUGUGGGCACUCCCCCAGAUGGAGCCAUGUUGCAGCGCCCACCCAUCUCGGAGGCACCGGGUCAGGGAGGCUGAGGUAGCACGUACCUCUGUAUGGGAGGGGAGAUUGGCUGGAUUCACCCGCACAUUGCUGAACCAUAAUGAGCCAUGUUGGAUGCUGACUUGGGAUCCUGGGUGAACCAAAGAAUGGUGAUUUGCCAAUCGUGGUUAUAGCUUAAUGUGUGGCAUGAACUCAGAGAAUUGUGGUAUCAUCAGCAAACUGUUGUUAGGCAAAUCAUGGCUUAAUGUACCACCUGUCUUGGAUAUUUCUUUAAAUUAAGUCAAUCCCAAAUGCAGUUCCCCAUCUCUGGUAAGCCUCAUAGCACAGCCCCCACCCCCACUUUCUUUAGUAAGAAUCUCUCUCUCUCUCUCUCUCUCUCUCAAAACUUUAUACAUGCCUACCAAGCCCCUGUUUCCUUCUUUCUGCUGUUUGAACACAACUAAAAGGGAAUUCUUUACGGGGCAUAAUGGUGCGUGGGAAUGACCUUGGGAGGCAGGAAGAAGAGCCGCAGUCUAGACAAAAGUCUGAUGAAUGAAAUUUGAGUCCAAAGGAAGGGAAGGGGUGGAGAAAGACCCCCUCCCUAGUUUUCAGGAAAGUAAAAGUGAGGGACGGGAGGGAUAUUUGCAAAAUUGAUGUCAGCCCUUCGAGGUAGUCCUCUCAGCCUCCUAGGUAGACCAGACAGGAAACACAACCAGAUGAUCUAAUCCUACUUUAUGGUAAGAGUAAAUUAACAGAAUCUUGCAAGUCUGAAAAUACAAAUAUCCCACUGUCUCUUUUUACGGCUGGAUAAGUUAGGGCAGAUGUUUUCUGAGUUUCUUUCUCUUCCUGUUAUGCAGCUGUGGGCUAUGUCCUCUCUUAUCUGAUGGUUCCCUAGGCGGCAUCUCUUACCCUCAUCCCUCAGGGUCAUUCCCACGUACCAUUACUAGUCCAGACAAGAAACCAAUGUCAUGAGUACUAACAAUACCUUUAUUGUAAGGUUACAGUAACAGAAUCUUGCAAGUCUGGAAGUACCCCUCCCGUCCUGCACUUUUAGUCUCUCAAAAACUAGGGAGGGUCCCUUCUGAGACGCUUUCUCCACCCCCACCCCUCCUUUGGACUCAAAUUUUAUUUAUCAGACCGUUGUCUAGGCUGCGGUUCUUCCUCCCUGUCCCAGGGUCAUUCCCACAUACCAUUGCACGGGGGCAGAGGGUGUGCAAAGAGUGGGUCAAAAAAGUCAAGUGGGCGGCCACAAGCAUGUUGUGACGCAUGUAAAAAAAGGGCGGGGCUUUGAUUGCAUGGCUGUGGCCACCCUCUUGACUUUUUGACCCACUCAUGGACACCCCUAGUGGGAGGCAUUUCAGCCCCACCCUCCACCACCCUGCAGGGUUCAAUGGGGAAGACAGAAAUCACAACAUCUCGGGUGAAUGCAAAGCUUAGUACAUCCUUCUGGUUUCUUCUGCAGGGACCCUUUUGAUGUUCGGUGGGAGGAAGUGCAGCAUUGCAGAAACAUCACUGAAGCCAUCUGCGAUAUUACCUGUGUGUUUCAAGAACCCAGCAACAGAUACUUGGUCAGGGUGGAAGCUCAAACCAGAACCAGGGCUGGAUUCAUCUCCUCGGCACCUGAAACCAUAGAUUACAAACUUCAUGUGGAACUUGCUCCUCCAGUUCUCAGAGUAAAAUAUACCAGAAAUAUCCUUGGCAUAAACAUUUCUUUCACCUACCCAUCUUGGAUGAAGGACAGCUUUCAGGGUCUGAGAUAUGAUUUGGAGAUUUGGAGAGUUGGAUCUGAGACAAAGAAUGAAUAUAAGGACAAGGACGAGCCUUCAAUGGACAUCAACACAACAGAAUGGCCCCAUGGCCAGUACUGCCUCCAUGCCCAAACAUCCUUCUGUGUUGAUAAGGACAAGAAACAGAGCAAUUUCUCGGAGCCACUUUGCCUGUGGUUGCAUGGAGAAGGUACAGGAGUCAAAGAUCUAGAGCUUGAUUUCCCCAGUGGCCUGGACUCAACACAGGCCGAUCCUUGCAUAGGAUUGCAAACUUCCAGUUCUAUGCACCCAUGGUCAGUGCAAUCCCAUUAA